GCGGCCGGGCGGGAAGAUGGCCCUGGCCGCGCCGCCCGCCGGCCGCCCGGACCGGCCGCUGGAGCGCGACGUGCGCGCGCUCCUCCGCCGCGUGGCGGGCCUCCGCGACGAGGCGGACCCCAACUUCCAGCUCGCCGUGAACUUCGCCUGGUCCCACUUCAGAUUUCAUCGUUUCCUUGAUGUUGACAGUCACAAAAUAGAAAAGAUAAUAGAAGGAAUUUAUGAGAAGUUCACUGUUCAUUCUGAUCUAAACAAAGCUGCUAGUUGGAAGAGAUUAACUGAGGAAUUUCUAAAUGCCCCGCUUCCAAGCACUAAAGAAAUAAAGACAGAUGCACACUAUUCCAUCCUGUCCCUUCUUCUGUGUCUGUCCGAUUCUCCUUCCAACAGCAACUAUGUGGAAACUCCAAGAGAUAAAGAAGUGGAAAAGAAAGAUGACUUUGACUGGGGCAAAUAUUUGUUGGAAGGUGAAGAAAUUGACCUUGGUCCAGAUGUAGACACACCGAACUGGUCAGAAGAAAGUGAAGAUGAAGAUGACCAGCAGCCCUUGAGCAGAGAGGACUCUGGGAUUCAGGUGGACAGGACGCCAUUAGAAGAACAAGAUCAAAGCAGAAAACUGGGGUCUCGGGUCAGCUGGAAAGAUGGGUCUGAUGACCGAAGCUGGCUGGAGCAGCAUGUGGUCCGUCAGUACUGGACGUCCAGGCCCUCAACGUUUCCUCAUAGCUUACACUUGCACUCCAAUUUGGCUGCUGUCUGGGACCAGCACUUGUACAGCAGUGAUCCAUUGUAUAUCUCAGAAGAUAGGGUUGUGGUUACUGAGACUCAGGUUAUUCGUGAAACCCUCUGGUUACUUUCAGGAGUCAAAAAGCUCUUCAUAUUUCAGUUGAUAGAUGGGAAAGUUACUGUGAGAAACAAUAUAAUAGUAACUCAUUUGACACAUAACUGCUUGCGGUCCGUGCUGGAGCAGAUUGCUGCAUAUGGCCAGGUGGUGUUUCGGCUGCAGGAGUUUAUUGAUGAAAUCCUGGGGCAUAGCUCUGAGCACAUGGGCCCUGGGAGUGGCCCCGUGCCCAAGAAGCCCACUGACGCCCCCUUUAGAACAUACCAGGCUUUCAUGUGGGCCCUGUACAAAUACUUCAUCAGCUUCAAAGAAGAGCUGGCAGAAAUUGAGAAGUGCAUCAUCAGUAACGAGAUGACGGUAACUCUUGCAAUAGUGGUGGACAAGUUGUCACCUCGACUGGCUCAGCUUCAGGUGCUGCACAGAGUGUUCAGUACUGGCGUUGCCGAAGUUCCACCCAACACCCGAAAUGUCGUCCGGGCGUCACACCUGCUCAACACACUGUACAAGGCCAUUCUCGAGUACGACAGUGUUGGGGAAGCCUCUAAGCAAACUGUCUCGCUGCUGUUCUCUCUCUGGGUGGAGACAGUGAGGCCCUACCUGCAGAUCGUGGAUGAGUGGAUCGUGCAUGGGCAUCUCUGUGACAGCGCCAGGGAGUUCAUCAUCCAGAGGAAUAAGAAUGUUCCGGUAAAUCACAGAGACUUCUGGUAUGCGACAUACACAUUAUACAGCGUCUCUGAAAAAACCGAGAACGAAGAGAAGAUGAGUGAUAAUGCAAGUGCGAGCUCUGGCAGCGAGCAGGGGCCCUCUAGCCGGCAACACACCAUGGUGUCCUUCCUCAAGCCCGCGCUGAAACAGAUCAUCAUGGCCGGCAAGUCCAUGCAACUGCUGAAGAACCUGCAGUGCUCUGAGGGGACCACGUGCCAAGCCACGGCCAGAGAUGCAGAGAGGAAAAGCUUAUACACCCUAUUUCUGGAGUCCGUGCAGUCGCGCCUUCGUCGUAGAGAUGAAUCCGCCGCCCCGGUUCUUGAGGAGCAGCAGACCACCAAGGAGUGCCUGGUCCAGAUGCAGUCCAUCACCCAUAGACAUCUGGAGCUUGAGGAUGUUCAUGACCCACUGCUCGCAAUCAACUUUGCAAGGCUGUAUCUGGAGCAGAGUGACUUUCAGGAGCAGUUCGCUGGUGGACACAUCUCUGUGGACAGGUCGUCAGAAUCCGUCACAUGCCAGACCUUUGAGCUGACGCUGAGGUCUUGCCUCUACCCUCAUAUUGACAGGCAGUAUCUCGAUUGCUGUGGCAACCUCAUGCGGACCCUGAAAAAAGAUUACAGGUUGGUUGAAUACUUGCAGGCCAUGAGAAAUUUUUUCUUAAUGGAAGGUGGUGAUACUAUGUAUGACUUCUACACAUCCAUCUUUGAUAAGAUCCGAGAGGAAACCUGGCAGAAUGUGUCUUUCCUUAACGCCCAACUCCAGGAUGCAGUCGCACAGCGCUACCCAGAAGACAGUGCACGUCUGUCCAUAGCUUUUGAAAAUGUUGACACAGCCAAAAAGAAACUUCCUGUUCAUAUCUUAGAUGGCUUGACCCUCAGCUACAAGGUUCCAUGGCCUGUGGAUAUUGUUAUAAGCCUGGAAUGCCAAAAAAUUUAUAAUCAAGUAUUCCUUCUCUUACUGCAAAUAAAGUGGGCAAAAUACAGUCUGGAUGUUUUGCUAUUUGGAGAAAAGGCUAGUGCUGCCGAGAAACCACAACUCAGAGCAGGGCUCAGCAGUGAGCAGGACACAGCCGCCCCAGGUGGGCCUCGGAAAGAGCCAGUGAGACAGCGGAUCCAUCGUAUGUUCCUCUUACGCGUGAAGCUCAUGCACUUUGUGAACAGCUUACACAACUACAUCAUGACCAGGAUUCUUCACAGUACGGGGCUGGAGUUCCAGCAUCAGGUUGAGGAAGCCAAGGAUUUGGAUCAGCUGAUUAAAAUCCACUACAGAUACCUGUCAACCAUCCAUGACCGGUGUCUGCUGAGAGAGAAGGUCAGCUUUGUGAAGGAGGCCAUCAUGAAGGUGUUGAACUUGGCGCUCAUGUUCGCAGAUGGCUGGCAGGCUGGCCUGGGUAGCUGGCGGAUGGAGUCUAUAGAGAAGAUGGAGUCUGAUUUUAAAAACUGCCAUCUGUUUCUUGUGACCAUCCUGAAUAAAGCCGUCUGUCGAGGAUCCUUUCCCCACUUGGAAUCUCUAGCUCUGUCACUCAUGGCUGGCAUGGAACAGAGUUAAAUAUCUCCCGUGCACUAAAUCACUCAUCGCUCUCCAUGCAUAUCCAUGUCAGCCACAUGCCGGUGAGACAGUAGAAAUCUCUGUCUUUGGGUUCUUUGGCCAAGGCUGUAGCUCAGUGGGGGGGCAUUUGCCCGCGAGUCUGAGACCACACACCACAGAACAAACCUGAUGGAACCUGGGCCUGCUCUCUGGACAGUGGACUCAGAGUUAUUUACUCAGAAGCGUCUCAGAGGGUGUACAGAAACCUGUGUAAAAUUGUAUCAAUAAUGGAAAGUGUAUGUAGGCUAUUUAUAUUUAUAUUUAUAUUUCCUACUGUAAGCUAUAGAUUAUGGUAUUGAUACCUUUGAAUGUAAAUGAUAUAGUUUUGAAAUGUAAUUGUGAUAUUAAAAAUAAAUUAGCACUUUGAAUUCUUCUGUC